CGACGUCAAAACCGCAGCAACGGGCGUUGCAGUGCACGCGGUCGUGUGAUUCGGGCACAGGCGUGCAACCCUGCGCUGCCAGCAACAAUUCCGAGCAGCGACUGCGCGAGGACAGCUGUGCCAAGGCUGGAUGCUGAGGCGGAGCCUCGCGGCGAUGUUAGUGGCGAGGCGCUGCGUGAGCCUCGCUGCAAAACAUAGAGUAGUCGUCGUGGGAGGCACGCACGGCAACGAGUACACGGGCGUCUGGCUCGAGAAGGCGUUGAGAGAUAAAAGCGAGACGAUAGUGGGCAACCCAGCUGCUGUGGAGGCGAACCGGCGGUUUUUAGAUGAGGAUCUGAAUCGAUGCUUUUUACGAUCCAAACUCGACGCGCCGCCUGAAACGAGGGAGGCACUGAGAGCAAGGGAAGUCGACGCCGCCCUGGGUCCGAAGGGAUCCGAUGAUGCCGCGGACCUAGUGAUCGACCUCCACACCACAACAGCAAACAUGGGCGUGACGAUGAUUUGUGAUGCGUGGUGCCCCUUCGCGCUGCGAGCCGCUGUGUAUGUCAAGCAGCAACUCGACGACCAACUGCUGCUCGGCCAAGACGUCAAGAUCAUGUUUAACGACGAGAAGGACAAGGAGAACGCGCCUUAUCUAGCUUCCGUCGGCAAGGCGGGCUUGCAGAUCGAGGUCGGCCCGACGCCGCAGGGCGUGGUCCGGUGGGACGUCGUCGAUGCGACCAAAAGAGCCUUAGAUGCGGUCUUAGAAUUAUGGAAUAAAGAGUGCCAGGGCGAGUGCGUCGACCUACCGGCUGAAAUCGAUGUUUAUUCGGUCGCGGAGGGCUUCACGAAGCUGAGCUGGCCGGUGGACGAUGAUGGUUUUCCGGCCGCGGUGCCGCACGAGUCGAUCCAAGAUCGGGACUGGUCCACCCUAAGAAAGGGCGACCCGCUCUGGAGGGAUAGGGACGGCGAAACUGUGGUUUAUGACGGCUCGUUUGGAGAUGAAAUUGUCCCCAUCUUUGUCAAUGAAGGCGGCUACUACUACGCGUCGUCGGGCCGGGGCAUCGGCGUCGCGCAGAAGCGGCGCGUCGCCGUGCCGCCGGCGCCGUGAUCUAUAUGCUUGGGGCGCAACGCCUGUGAGGGCGGAGCGCGUAAUUAGGAAUACCACAAAACUAGU